ACGAAGCGCUCCAAACGUAGCAUAGGUCACAUCUUAAGUUCAAACCCAAUUGCUCUGAUCGGGCACAGCCAUGUCUGGUUCAACGGUGUCGAUCACUGCGAACCCUGCGGCUCGGCGGAGACCGCUCGUCGUCGGUGAGACGAAGACCAACAAUAUUGAUUUUUUACCCAAUGAAGCGCAAAUUAAUGGCGGCGAUCUUGCUAUUAACAAUGUUAUAGGCAAUGAUAAACUCGCGGCCUCUCACAGUAAGGAUGUAAGCCACCAUUCCAUUCGGGGUGAGGCCGCUCUGGAAAGAUCCUCGAAAGAUUUGGCUCAAGUCAAGAGGAACAACGCCAUGGCAAAUUCCACCGUUUCGCCUCGAAGGACUCGUAAAGUGGUCGCCAAGCCCGAGAAGGGCAGGUGGCAAACGGUGUUUAGUGUUUUCACCAAGAAUUUUGUGCUUUUGCUCGUGUUAAUAGGGUUGGUGCAGAUGGUUAGGAGGCUGGCUCUGAAACCAGGGGAUUAUUCUACAUCGGGGACACAAUUGGGAUUAUCGGAGUUUGAGGCCCGAAUUGCGGAAGUUGAAUCGUUUCUGAAGACUACUGUGAAAAUGAUUCAGGUUCAAGUGGAGGUUGUCGAUGCGAAGAUUGAAAACGAGGUUGGAGGGUUAAGGAGGGAAAUGGACAAGAAGAUUGACGCCAAAAGUGUAUUUUUGGAGAGUGAGUUGAGGCAAUUAGUAGCUAGAAAUGAAGAACUGGAGAAGUCAAUGGGUGAGUUAAAGGCUGUGGGCUGGUUGUCCAAGGAGGACUUCAAAAAGUUUUAUGAGGAGUUGAAGAAGCAACAGGGCAGUGAACUUGGUGAAAGUAAUGUAAGUUUGGAUAAAAUUAGGACAUAUGCGAGGGAGAUAGUGGAGAGGGAAAUUGAGAAGCACGCUGCAGAUGGGCUGGGAAGGGGGGACUAUGCACUGGCAUCUGGUGGGGCAAUGGUUGUGAAACACUCAGAGCCGUAUAUGGCUGGGAAGGGAAGCAGCUGGUUCUUGAUGAGUGGCCGAAGUGGUAUUCAUCCUGAUGCGGUUAAGAUGUUGAAACCAAGCUUUGGAGAGCCUGGGCAGUGCUUUCCACUCAAAGGAAGUAGAGGAUUCGUUCAAAUUAGGCUUCGAACAGCUAUCAUUUCUGAGGCUGUUACUCUGGAACAUGUUGCUAAGAGUGUUGCUUAUGACCGGUCAAGUGCUCCGAAAGACUGUCGGGUGUCUGGGUGGCUGCAGGGGAAUGACAUAGAUCUUGCAAUUCAUAUUGAGAAGAUGUUUCUUUUAACUGAAUUCACUUAUGACCUUGAUAAGAGCAAUGCUCAGACCUUUGCUGUGUUGGACUCUGCAGCCUCUCGUGUUGUUGACACUGUUAGGCUGGAUUUCGUAUCCAACCAUGGAAGCUCAUCCCAUACUUGCAUUUAUCGCCUUAGGGUGCACGGUUAUGAACCUGAUUCUGUUUCAGUGAUGACAAUGGAAUAUUGAUACCAUCUCUUGUGAAUUCUUAUUUUUUUUUAAUUUUUAUUUUUUUCACUUAAUAUAGAUUUGUUUGUUUAAAUCAGUCACUUUCUCCUUGUGAAUUUAUGGUACGUUUUAGUGAAAUGAGUCAGUGCAUUAUAAAUCCUUGCUGGUUAGAUUGUUAGAUUGUUAGAUUGUUAGGUUGGUCUUUGUAUUUCUGGGUCAAUUCUGUAGUGUAUUCUAGACAAUGUUACUGUUUGUGUUACAUCAAUCUUCGAGUUUCCUA